UCUCAGCCACUUGUCCAGUUGCAGUUGUUUCCACGUCAUUGUCAGGGAUUUGUUGGAAGGAAUCUGCGCGGCUUUUUUUUUUUUUUUGACCGCCACGCCACGUCUUUCUCUCUACUUGGGCUCUCAUCUUCUCUCCUAAAUAUCUACUCUUCUCCUAAACUCAAUCUACUUUAACCUCUUCCCCCCCCCUGGCGUGUUCCUUUGGUUCUCUGCCUCAUCGGAACCUUAAAAUUCACUCGAAAGACAGAGAAGUGGACAAUAUGGGAGGAGGAGAUCUUUCCCCUCCCUCUCGCCAGCCUCCUCAAUCCCCAUUGACCGCGUCCACCCCCGUCUCACCUGCCGUGUCUCUCUUUUCCACCAAAGGCCAUCCGCGCUUCUCCAGUUCCGCGUCGUCGCUGGUCUCGUCCCCGAGUCACGGGAAUUCUAUUGAUAUUGCCUCGCGGAACCCCUUGACAGGAGUAAAAGAAGAAGAGCCCUGUGGACCGCCAGCGAGGGAUCUCGAGGAGGAAUAUUUCCAACAUUUUGACCAAGGCUUAUCCGCAGCGGAAGAGUGUUAUCUCGCCUCCCUCAAUGCUUGCGACCGCUACGACUUCACCGAUGCUGGAAUGGAUCCUGCCCACUCCCCGAAAAAGAGACGCUCCGAUACGGUCUCUUCCGGGGGUCUCUCGCGCAUUAGUUCUUGCAUCUCCACCAUUUCCACGCGGUGGAGGUCGAAGCGCGUGUCCGAUGGAGUAGAAGCUGCCGAUCCCUAUCCAGCCUUGCGAUCGCGCACAAACUCUGCCGCGUCGGCCUUUGCGGGCAGUCCGACGACAUUCGCCCAGAUGAGCUGGGUUGACCCCGUUCAAAUCCCCCCGUCUCCCGCAAGAACGAUCUUUGAAGAGCGCCUGAGCGAGUCAGGCACUCGUCCGAUCGAUAUCGUCAAAGCCAACCAGCAGGACGACCCGGACGACUCGGCUCUGCAAGCCACUACCCCAUUACUUCCUCCCUUUAUGGGAGACGCACCCAUCUACCCAACCGUCUCCCGGAUCCAUUCCCCGUUGCAGUCUCCCUCGGUCGCGGAUAUUUCCGACGACAGCCUGGACCUCCUCAGUGUGCACCCGGAUCCACGCUUGGCAGGACUCCUCCCAUCGCCUCCGUUGUCCACCAAGCCAUCCGUCGCCUCGUUCAACCGUCCACGCGCGAGCACCGUCCGGACGGUCUCGGGCGAUGUCCCACCGUUCACCCUGUCCGAUCCCAACGACGAAUGGGCCCACAAACUGGGCCAUGCCAAUUUCAAUAUCCAGCCCGAGCCGUAUGUGCCGGAAGUUUACGAUCUUGACUCGUUCCGCCAGUUGCGCGGCCAAUGGGACCUUGCCCAAUGUAAUUUCGCCAAGCAUCUCGUGCGGACCGGCGAGCAUUACGGAAUUACCUCGAAAAUCUACAAACUGACGGAAGAAAAGUGGGAGUCGAUCGACCGCGAAUGGAAGCAUCAUUACGAGGCGAUGCUCGCCCAGCUGGAGGCCACCGAGCUGAGCCUAAUCAAAUCCCACUGCGAUCCGUGUGAGCAAGUCAAGAUUCCCACUCUGCACGACAACAAGUUUCCCGAGCUCGGCGAUGGCGAGAUUGUCGGCCCCAUGAAAAUCGCCCCGGCAACUGGGUCAUGCCGAAAUCGGUCGCUCAAGCGAAACUUUUUCCGGUUCUUCCAGGACCUGGUGUCUCGAUCUUAAACCGCCACGGGGCAUGGACUGAACGGGAGGCUUGGAUGUAUACAACAUCAUUACGAAUUUUACGCCUCUCGGAUGAUUGAUUCAGCGAGCGUGUGUGACGACUAAUGUCUAACUCUUCCCCCCCCC